UUCCAGCUCCCUUACAGCACCUAGUGAACUACUGUGGGCACUUGUUGUUGUGAAACCAUGCUGCUGAAGUGUGCCACUGUUUGCCUUGUGGCACUGGCCUUGCUUGGCUUCUGUGAUGCUCAGGGUGUAAGCCGUACCUCACCGCCUUUUGUGCCUGGGGUGUGGCCUCCAGACCUCCAACAACAAAAACAAACAUUUGAAAAACCACUCACAUGGACAUACCCUGAAGAUCCUAAGCCCAAACCCAAGGCUGACGUGCCGUUCCAGCUGAGAUAUCCAGUUUCUGCUGCAACUGUUGCUGUUGACUGCAGGGAGGACAUUGUUCAUGUGGAAGUCAAAAAGGAUUUCUUUGGAGUUGGCCAGCUGAUAAAUUCGGCUGACCUUACCCUGGGAUCAUGCACUGUUGUCGGAGAGGAUACGGCAGCUCAAGUACUGAUUUAUCAAGCUCAGCUGCAGAAUUGUGGGAGCACAUUAAGAAUGACUGGAGAUUCCUUCAUCUACACCUUCACAAUGAACUACAACCCCCAGCCUGUGGGUGGUUCUCCUGUGAUUAGGACCAACAAUGCAGCUGUAGUUGUGGAAUGUCACUACCAAAGAAAGCACAAUGUAAGCAGUCUCGCUCUUGAACCCCUCUGGGUGCCAUUCUCUGCCGCUAAGAUGGCACAAGAGUUUCUAUACUUCACCCUGACACUCAUGACUGAUGACUGGAAAAAUGAGAGGCCAAGCAACCAGUAUUUCCUGGGUGACGAGAUUAAUUUUGAGGUCUCUGUCAUGCAGUACCACCAUGUGCAGCUCCGUGUUUAUGUGGACAAAUGUGUAGCUACCCUUUCAGCCGAUGCAUCUUCUAGCCCAAGAUAUGCAUUCAUAGAGCAAGGGUGUAUGAUUGACGGUAGGCUUACUGGAUCUGUCUCGAGGUUCCUGGAUCGCACUGCAGAGAACAAGCUUCAGUUCCAGCUUGAAUCCUUCAAAUUCCUGAGUGCUAACAGUGGAAAACUGUACAUUACCUGCAACUUGAGAGCAACAUCUGUUGCCCAAGCCAUUGACAGUAACCACAGAGCUUGUUCCUACUUCCGUGGGUGGAAGGAAGCUGGUGGAUUUGAUGGUGCUUGUGGCUCCUGUGAGUCUGGACAAACUAAUACUGGAAUCAUAAGUGGCAGUACUGGAGGUGGAUUUGAUAAUACAGGCAUGGGAAAUACAGGAACAGGGACUACAGGCACGGGAACUGGAAAUACAGGAACAGGAACUGGAAAUACAGGAACAGGAACUGGAAAUACAGGAACGGGAACUGGAAAUACUGGUGGUGGAACGCCGGGUUCUACAAACUUGGGUACUAAGGUCCCUUGGUUUAGGAGGACACGGGACGUGUCUCAGCAGGAAGUUUUGGAAUGGGAAGGAGAAGUCACCUUGGGUCCCAUCUCCAUUGAAGAGAAGAAGAUAGCUUAAAACAAUUUCCUGCUAUAAACACGGCCAUUAAAAUGAACUUCAUCCGUGGUUCAUGCCUGAACAUAUGUUAAUUUCAUUCUUCUUAUUCAUAGGUCACAACAAUAUAAUAAGACAUUGAGGAAUGAAAAGGUCCUUCACUGAAACGUAACUCCUUUUACAUGCCCCCUCUCUGUAAUUACAAAUGUUUUAUAUGGAGCUUGUCUGUCCAUGGAUUGGAACUAUUCACAUGUAAUGGAAAUAAAAAUGCAACUGUUUGAA